UCAACCAGCCCCACCUAGAGGAAUUCUGGGAAGACAUGGCAGCUUCCGCUGUUUGUGUUCACUCAGUUUCCGCAUAGAACAGUCACUAAAUUAACAGAGUUAAGUUCAUUUCACAACUUUAUCAGUGGCGCGGUUUGGUCCUCUUCGGGAUGGAGGAAAGCGGCAGUGUGGACAGUGUGGAGUCGCUGUGCAGCUCUACCACAACGCGCUCAGACCGCUCAAAUGGCACCAGAGUUUCAGACACAGAGCUGCGGAGUAAAGGAAGGGCAAUUCAAAAGGUCUACAAAGACCCCAGUAAAGCCGAACUUACUCUUCUGCCAGAGGAAGUGAUUCAGGAUUCCGCUAAAGACGUGACUUAUAUAUGUCCAUUCAUUGGGCCUGUUAGAGGAUCUCUGUCUGUCACUAACUAUAGACUUUUCUUCAGGUGCACUGACAGGGAGCCAGUGUUUCGACUAGAUCUACCUCUUGGAGUUUUGAGCAGAGUAGAGAAGAUCGGAGCAGCAACUAGCAGAGGAGAUGUCUCAUACGGCCUUGCCUGCAAGGAUAUGAGGAAUCUACGUUUUGUGCACAAGGAACCAGAAGACUCACUAAAGAAAUCAGUGUUUGAGUUUCUGAUGAAGUUUGCUUUUCCGGUGUCAAACAACAUGUCUCUCUUUGCAUUUGAGUAUAAGCAAGUGUUUCCUGAGAAUGGAUGGAGGGUGUAUGAUCCCCUGGCUGAAUACAAGAGACAGGGUCUUCCAAAUGAGAGCUGGAGGAUCUCUAAAGUAAAUGAUCACUAUGAGCUAUGUGAUUCAUACCCAGCAGCUCUAGUUGUCCCAGUAACCAUUACUGAUGAUGAACUGCGACGUGUCUCCAGCUUUAGGGCCAAAGGACGCAUUCCGGUGCUAUCAUGGAUUCACCCAGAGAGCCAGGCCACAGUGGUUCGUGCCAGUCAACCGAUGGUGGGCCAGAACGGUCGCCGCUGCAAAGAAGAUGAAAAGCUCCUUCAGGCCAUUAUGGAUGCAAAUGCACAAUCACACAAAAUGUUCAUAUUCGAUGCCAGACCAAGUGUGAAUGCUGCAGCUAACAAGAUGAAAGGGGGUGGAUUUGAGAGUGAAGAUGCUUAUCAGAAUGCUGAACUGGUUUUUCUGGAUAUCCACAACAUUCAUGUAAUGCGUGAGUCUCUACGGAAACUAAAGGAGGUUGUCUAUCCCACCAUUGAGGACUCUCAUUGGCUUUCCAAUCUCGAGUCCACCCACUGGCUGGAGCACAUUAAGCUGAUUCUGGCAGGAGCUUUAAGGAUAGCUGAUAAGGUGGAGUCUGGGAAAACCUCAGUGGUGGUUCAUUGCAGUGAUGGCUGGGACAGAACUCCUCAGCUGACCUCACUGGCCCUGAUAAUGCUGGACUCUCACUACAGAACCAUACGAGGGUUUCAGAUACUACUGGAAAAAGAGUGGCUAAGCUUCGGUCACCGCUUCCAACAGAGAGUGGGUCAUGGCGAUAAGAAUCACACGGAUGCAGAUCGCUCUCCAAUCUUCCUGCAGUUCAUUGACUGCGUCUGGCAGAUGACAAGACAGUUUCCUGCAGCUUUCGAAUUCAAUGAGUAUUUCCUCAUAACAAUACUCGAUCACCUCUACAGCUGCCUUUUUGGGACAUUUCUGUGUAACAGUGAGCAGCAAAGACUCAAAGAGGAAGUCCCAAAGCAAACUGUGUCUUUAUGGUCAUUUGUGAACAGUCAGCUUGAGGAGUUUGUGAAUCCGCUGUACGUACACUUCCCCUCCCAUGUGCUCUUCCCCACCGUCGGUAUACGACACCUCCAGCUCUGGGUCACCUACUACAUACGCUGGAAUCCUCGCAUGGUACCACAGGAACCUGUCCAUCAGCGCUACAAAGAGUUGCUAGCAAAACGGGCAGAGCUUCAGAAGAGGGUGGAGGAGCUGCAGCGCGAGGCGGCCAAUCGUACGGCUUCGUCAUCCUCUGAGAGGGCAGGGUCUCCUACACGCUCCAUCACACCUGUGCAAACCUUCGUAUAAAUGCUUGACAACUUUAAGGAAUGCUGAUCCCCACACACACCACAUGAGCGUGUCAAAUGGUUCUCCUGUUACUUGCAGUGAUGCACAACUGAUGUAAAUUCCCACACUAGCUGGCUGGAUGGAAGGAAGAAGCUUUUAAUCUCUAAAUCUGCUCGAUACUGGUAUUAUAUUAAUACAUUUAUUAAGACUAUUGAAGCAUUAAUGCAUAUUAGAAAAACACAUUAGGGUCUGUUCUGUAUGAGCUGUAAGUAAUAGAACCCUCUGACUGAGCAUCACAUGACCAAAGUAUUGCGAUGUCCCUGGGAUUCUGCCUGAAUCAUCUUGAUGCAGAGGGAAGUUGAGGCCAGUUUUUUCAGCCUCAGGGUUUAGCGUACAGACUUCUCUUUACUUGAAAUUACAAACUUUCUUGCACUUGUUUAAAAUGACACUAUGUAAUCAUGUUAUAGAAUAUGCUCUAUAAUCUAAGUUUUGCUUCUACAUUAACACUGUUGACAAAUAAAGUCUUGACACUAAUUCAGUUAGGAUUCGUCCACAGCAAUAAAACAUCUGCAGUAACUGGA